AUGGACAGAAGUAGAGAUCAGCAAGGAAUUAGUUAUGAUGAUGAUGAAGAUGAGGACGAUGAUGAUCAGCUUGGUGAUCUAGAUAAUCAUCCAUCUCUUUUUCUUAAUUACAUAGAAGAUGAUCAUGAUCAUGGUCAUCAGAAACAGACUACUAAUUCUGAGAUGAUGAGGCCUCCAACUCUAAAUAUUUUCCCUUCUCAACCUAUGCAUGUGGAUCAUUCGUCAACUGUUAAGACAAAUGAUGGAUUAGUUUCUCCGGCAACAACUGCCCUAAAACACAAAACAGAUGCUUCAAGUGAACCACCAAAGCAGAGAGGAGCUGGAAAUCACAAAGGCCCAACUCGAAGAUCAGAAAGGGAAACACUAGAACCCAAGGUACUGAGAAGACUUGCUCAAAAUAGAGAAGCAGCCAGGAAAAGCAGGCUUAGGAAAAAGGCUUACGUUCACCAGCUGGAAUCAAGUAGAAUUAGGCUUAAUCAACUUGAACAAGAACUACAAAGGGCAAGAAAUCAAGGUUUUUUUGUGGGUGGUGAACAAUUACAAGGUAUUUCUGUUGUCAACAACAUAAGCCCAGAUGGUGCAAUAUUUGACAUGGAAUAUGGGAGGUGGCUGGAUGAGCAACAGCGCAUGGCUAACGAAGUGAGGACGGCGGUGCAAGAGAAUUUAGGAGAAAACGAGCUUCGAGUGAUGCUCGAUAACUGCCUGGCUCGGUUCCAGGAAAUGCUCAAUCUCAAGGCCAUGGUCAUUAAGUCGGAUGUCUUUCAUAUCUUUUCUGGCAUGUGGAAAACUCCCGCUGAAAGAUGCUUCAUGUGGAUUGGAGGAUUCCGCCCUUCGGACAUCCUUAAGGUCAUUUUAAAUAACGUGGAGCCUUUAUCGGAGCAACAAAUUUUGGUGAUAUGUGAGUUACAACAAUCGACACAACAAGCUGAGGCAGGUCUCUCGCAUGGGCUGGACAUGAUGAAUCGAUCGGUCUCGGAUGCAAUUGGAUUCGACUAUCCUCAGAACAUGGCCAUGGCCAUCAACAAGUUGUCCACACUAGAAGGCUUCAUUAGACAGGCAGAAUCCUUGAGGCACGAUACAGUUCAUCGACUAUACCAAUAUCUGACUACUCAACAGGCAGCAAGAUAUUUUCUUGCGAUCACCGAAUACUUCCAUCGACUCCGUGCUCUUAGCUCUCUUUGGAUGGGACGUCCGCGCCAAGAUAAUUAAUC